ACCAUAAAUCUCCGCUUCAAACUUGAUAGACAAGCUCACAAUUUUAAGCCGAAGUGACUAUUUCCAUCCGCUUUCAAUUUCUCGAUCGAUUUUUGAACAUAUUUCACAAUCCACACCGACGCCCACAGCACUCCAGCCCCUGUUUCUAAUGUGUGCAACCCGGCCAUGACUGCAAUUUAUUCCGAUUUCCGUGUGAUGCUUUUGGUGAAAAGGUAUGUACAGGUUAUCUGCUCUAUAUUCUAUAAGGUUGAAUUAUUGCUGAUGAUUUUGACAUCACAAAAUCGGAUUUUCCCAAAAUUUCUUCACGAGAACAAGCCAGCAUUGUCCGAAGACGUUUUCCAACGACGAAUCAGCCGACAACCUUGAAUUGCAAAAUCUGCAAUAUUAUACUUUCAACAGCGUUGACAAUUGCCAGAGGUGUAGGUGUGAGACACUUGAGAUUUUUCAUAUUCCGUCUGGCAAUUGAAAUUUGAUGCGUUAUAUGGGUUGCACGUGCCGCGAGUUUCCGAAAAGCGCUCUUGGUAUUCACAAUGAGUUCAGCCGAUCUUUGGAACUAUUUUGUAACGUUAGCAUUCGAUAUUAGCCAAUAUUUCGGCGAAAGUAAGAAGUGAACAUGGUGGAAGGCUUCGCGGAAUAUGAUUCCAAACGGAGUUGGUUGGUUUGCCUCGGAGCAAUGUUCGUGUUUGGCGUGUCAAUGGGCAUCAGUAAUUGUUUUGGAGUCUUGUUCAAUAGUUGGACUCACGAGUUUCGAGAAAGCCGUACCAAAAUAGCUUGGGUUGGUUCAUUUCAUUUCAUAUGGUACAUGCUUUUGAGUCCAGUCUGUGGUAUCCUUACUCGUCGCUAUUCGUUCCGUCUUGUCACGUUUUCAGGCAGCAUUGUGCUAUGCCUUGGCUUACUUGUAGCUUCCUUCGUGAAUGAUGUGGCAAUGUUCUACCUCACCUACAGCCUCAUUUUUGCCAGUGGAACAUGCCUCUUGUUUGCAUCAGCAAUCAUCGUGAUCGGGUUCUGUUUCAAGAAACAUUUUGCCUUAGCAUCAGGACUUGUUUUGGCGGCGAACGGUGGAUUCGUUAUGUGGUGCGGGCCUGUCUACGAAUACCUCAUACGAAAUCACGGUUGGAGAUCAACACUAAGGAUAUUCGUCCUUCUAUUGAUACCACUUGUAAUGGCCUGUCUCCUCUUUCCAGGCAAGAGGGAAAUAACUGGAAAUCGAGAUGCGGGGCAGGUCAAUGAGCCCGCGGUAGCUCCAGCAAGAUUGUUGCGAAAUAAAGGAUUUAUGACGUGGUUACUGAUCAUGUUUCUUGUUUAUAUUGGACUAUUUAUUCCGCAAGUUCAUCUGAUAUCUUUCUGCGAAGACCUUGGGAUUCCUUCCUUUGUGAGUGUCUAUAAUAUCACUAUAAUGUGUGCCACCGAGACAGCUUGCAAAAUAAUCGGUGGAAAGAUGAUCGAUGCAUUGAGUUGGAAUGUUCACACUUUCAACGUCUUUUCCAUACUCGCACUUGCUGUAUCCAUAACCCUUCUACCUCUUGCCAGUGCCAAGAUUCAUGUAUUUUUGUUUUCUGGUUUCUAUGGUUGCGGUUUGGGAAUUCAAAGCGUGUGUGUUAUCAACAUCACGCCUCAAUUGACACACCCAAAUGAUGCUAAGCAUGCUGUAACAUACCUCUUUGGAGCGCUCAGCAUACCUGGAGGAUUGGGGCCCGUUUUUGCAGCUUGGAUAUUUGAUGUAACGCGCUCUUAUGAUAUGGCGUUUUUCAUUGCUGGAGGUUUGUUCGCAUUGGCAGCAUGUCUUGCUGUCUUCAUUCAAUCGAUAGCUUUGGAAAACACUCGUGUCGCUCAAAUACUUUUGCAAGACGAAGAACAACCCUGAUUUGAAUAACGAUGGCCGGCUAAAUGUCUGUUUCUUGUGGUCGUUUGCGAACAAAUCGUGAACAAACCAUUUGCAACAUGCACACGUUGCAUUUUUGCGGCCAAAAACCGUCAUCAUAAAUGGGACGGUUUCGGAAUAUCACUCCACGGCUGGUUGGAUUGUUGCAUUUUAAACGAGCCUUCAACUGAGUCGAAAUACAAUAAGUCCAAUCUUUAAAUGCCAAAAUUUUCUUCAAACCAUCAAAUCAUUUAGAUGACGUAUGCAUCCAAAUAAAUGUAUUGUUGCUAGAAAA